ACAGCUGUAUGCAACGGUAAAAAGAAAGAUACCUGCAAAGCGGAAAUGGAUGAGACUGUGUUAUUCCAAUUCUUUUGACGCCCAGAUUCCUUAAAUUAAUAAAUUACUGCUUCUUAAUCACUCCCAUCCUCACCUAAUUUAUCUCUAAUUAUCUUUGUUUUGUUUUGUUCCUAACCUUUAACUACCAUCACAACACUCCCAAGAACUCGUGUCUACUUUGAUUGUGAUUGGGGAGUGCUGAUGGGGAAGGUGGCGGUGACAGCGGCGGUCAUAGGUGGCGCCGCCGUGUGCGCGGCGGUGGCUCUGCUCGUGCGCCACCAGCUCCGUAAUUCGAGCCAGUCUUCACGAGCUGCUGCGAUUUUAAAGGAGUUUCAAGAAAAGUGUGGGACCCCUGAGUCGAAAUUGAAACAGGUGGCGGAUGCGAUGACGGUGGAGAUGCACGCCGGACUUGCGUCGGAAGGCGGCAGCAAACUCAAAAUGCUCAUCAGCUAUGUUGAUAAUCUCCCCACUGGUGCUGAGGAAGGUGUAUAUUAUGCUUUGGAUCUUGGAGGAACAAAUUUCCGGGUGUUACGGGUGCAGUUGGGAGGGACGAACGGUGGUGUUGUUGAUCAAGAAUUUGCGGAGUUGUCGAUUCCUCCUAGUUUGAUGGUUGGGACAUCACAGGAGCUUUUUGAUUAUAUUGCCGCCGAACUUGCAAAGUUUGUUGCUCAAGAAGGUGACAGAUUUCAACUUCCUGAUGGUAGAAAGAGGGAAUUAGGUUUCACCUUCUCUUUUCCUGUGAUGCAAAAUUCAAUUGUUUCUGGGACGCUUAUGAGGUGGACCAAAGGUUUCUCUAUUGAUGAUGCGGUUGGCAAAGAUGUGGUAGCCGAACUAUCAAGUGCCAUGGAAAGACAAGGUGUUGAAAUGCAUGUGUCUGCUCUGGUCAAUGACACAGUUGGCACAUUAGCUGGGGGUAGGUACACCAACAAGGAUGUUGUAAUGGCAGUUAUAAUGGGCACCGGAACUAAUGCAGCUUAUGUGGAACGCUCUCAAGCAAUACCUAAAUGGCAUGGCCCUCAACCUGAAUCAGGAGAGAUGGUUAUAAAUAUGGAAUGGGGCAACUUUAGGUCAUCACAUCUUCCUCUAACAGAGUAUGAUAAUGAACUGGAUGCUGAAAGUCUAAACCCUGGUGAACAGAUAUUUGAGAAGUUAACCUCUGGAAUGUAUCUGGGAGAGAUUGUUCGCAGAGUUUUAUGUAGGAUGGCUGAGGAAUCUGCCCUAUUUGGUGACACUGUUCCACCAAAACUAAGGACUCCAUUUAUUUUAAGGACGCCUGACAUGUCUGCGAUGCAUCAUGAUACAUCGUACGAUCUGAAGGUGGUGGGAAAUAAAUUGAAGGAUAUAUUGGAGAUAUCCAACACUACUCUGAAGGUGAGGAAGGUCGUGGUUGAGUUAUGUGAUAUUGUUGCCAGACGUGGAGCCCGACUUGCUGCUGCUGGAAUCUUGGGCAUUUUAAAGAAAACGGGUAGAGAUUCUUUCAAAGAUGGAGAUUCACAGAAGACAGUUAUAGCUAUGGAUGGUGGUUUAUAUGAACAUUAUACUGCAUAUCGUGAGUGCUUAGAAGCUACAUUAAAAGAGUUGCUUGAUGAUGAAGUCGCAGAACACAUAGUCUGUGAGCAUUCCAACGAUGGCUCAGGAAUUGGGGCUGCUCUUCUUGCCGCUUCGCAUUCCUGGUAUCUCAGCUAAUCUGGAAAUAUACAUCAGGCAUUGGAUUUAGUCAGAGGAAAUUAUCUGUGUUCUGUAAUUUCUUCUCAGUACUUGUCAAUUCUUUUUCAAAGCCGAACUCGUAGAUUGUAUUAUUCUCAGUUGUGAUUUUAGUAGUUUCAACAGUUUAUUUGCUCUUA